CUUUAUAAGAAAAGUUUCAACUUCCCGUCACAUGAAAAUACAUUAAAAGUGUCGAACCUUUUGGUUGCAGAGCAUUUAAUCAGGAACAGUUCGAAACUUUGACAAACAAAUCGACAUCCGAGGAUUGUAAUUAAGCGGAAUCGAACCAGAGAGAAAGGGUUUCCUCCGCUUUGUACGACCCAUUAAUAACAUCAAAGCAAGACUGUUCAUGACAACCAACUUCGCAUUUACCGGUGAUGAUGAUGCUGCUUCGGUCUCUUCAAAACAACUCGUCUUGCUUGCAUCUAUCUGUUCAGGCAUUCUCAUGUGCAAACUCGUUUAUGACUUUGCUGCUUACAUAAGUCCUUUGCGCUUCAAUGCUUAUCCAAAACUUGACAGCAAAGUUAGAAUGGAAUGGAACAACAGGGGAUUCUCAACGUUCCAUGCUGUUUUUGUUUCUGUGGCUUCAAUCUACCUCUUGGUGAUAUCAGAUCAGUUUGAUGAGAAUGUUCAUGGCGAUUCAGUCGUCAAUAGUACAACAAGUUUAUCGGAGGCUGUAAUGGGGAUCUCAUUAGGCUAUUUUAUAGCAGACUUAACGAUGAUCUUUUGGCAUUUUCCUACUCUUGGUGGUAUUGAGUAUGUUUUUCAUCACUGCUUAUCAAUGUUCUCCAUCAUUCUCUCUGUCACAAGUGGACAAGCACAGUUCUACAUAUUCAUAGUUCUCUUGUCAGAGGCCACAACCCCUUUUGUCAAUCUACGCUGGUACUUGGAUACUAGUGGUCAAAAAUGCUCUAAGGCUUACACACUCAACGGAAUUUCCUUGUUCUUGGGUUGGCUGGUCGCGAGGAUCCUUUUGUUUAUCUACUAUUUUGUUCACAUGUACUUCCAUUUCCAUCAGGUGAAACAAGUGUUUCCACUAGGAUUUUACAGCCUUCUUACGGUAGCACCGGUCCUGUCUGUGAUGAAUCUUCUUUGGUUCUGGAAAAUCACCAAAGGAUUGAUCAAAACAAUCUCCAAGGCAAGACACAGGGAGUGAAGAAACGGUGAUGGUCAGAAAAACUCAGAUUGACCUGGACAAAAAAGAUUUCGAUUGCAUUCACUGUAUCUGUCCAUGAAAAAAAAUUAUUGAUAUCAUGUUGUGAUAUAUCUUGUAAAAGCCUUUCGGAUUAUAAACAAGACUGUGCCAAGCUAUGGAAAUUUUAUAUUCAGAACCGUCAAAUGAUUCUUAGGUAUUCAACCUGUAAAGUUUUAA